GUGUCGUCUGCUGAUCGUGAGCGUGCUGUGCAGCAUGUGGAGACGACGUCGCUGCAGUCUUCUUGUCGUGUUCACAGUCAUCUAUGUCUGUGUGGCAGCGCUCUUUCUCUCAAGUCCCUACUCGUCUCUCUCACCACCCGUGUCUUCCCUGGCGCGAGCUGGUCAGGGCAGGUACUUUGGUGACGUCACAAAGGCCAGCAUGUCGGGAGAUCCGAGGAAGACGAGAAACGUAAGAGGAAAGCUUCAAGGAAGGAAAGGACGUUUUGAAGCAAAUUCUUCCGCUGAAGUAGGUCUCGACAUUAUGCCGCGUCUGCUACGUCAACACCACGCUGGUGGACUUCCGGUCGUCAUCACCGCAGAGGAGUUUCGGCGACAGCCAAACAGUCUGACGGGAAAUCCUUUGAUCGACACGUACGGGGACAACGACUGGCUGCUGGCGGGAGAGAUGGGGCGAGGAGUUACUUUUUCUGGAGAGGAGAAGACAACUUCGGAAAAACUGCAGGACAGGUGGCACAUCAACAUCAUGGCGUCAGACGUCAUCCCUGUCAACCGGAUGUUGCCCGACUCACGACCGGAAGGUUGCGUCCACGUGACUUUUCCCCGCGAGCUGCCAAGCACGAGCGUCGUCAUCCCCUUCCACGACGAAUGGCCGUCUGUCCUUCUGCGCACCGUGUACUCCGUCAUUAACAGAACUCCUCGUCAUCUCCUGCAGCAAGUAGUCCUAGUGGAUGACAACAGUGCUCUGGCUGCGCUGGGAGCGCCCUUGGACCAGUAUGUACGAGACUUUUUCCCGCGAGACCUGAUCCGCCUUGUGCGCUUGCGUCAACGGACUGGUCUGAUUGCGUCACGCGUGGAGGGUUUACGUCACAGUGACGGUGACGUCGUGGUGUUUCUCGACAGUCACGUAGAGGUGAACGUUGCCUGGUUGGAACCACUUCUGGUUGAGAUCCAAAGUAACCGACAAACGCUCGCCAUGUCAACGUUGGACUACAUCAACGCCCACACUUUUGAGUACAACUACUACAGAAAUCGAACUGUACGCUACGGCUUUGACUGGAGGUUGUUCUUCUUCGAGCUCAACUUCCGGUCAGACCAGGAGGUCAGCUCGCCGCACGCUACUCGACCAGGCGUAGUCGCGGUCGGAACAGCCUUUGCCAUAAACAGGAAGUACUUUGAAGACCUGGGCGGAUAUGACGUAGGAAUGAAAAUUUGGGGCGGUGAAAAUAUCGAGCUGUCAUGGAGGGUGUGGCUGUGUGGCGGUCGUCUGGUGCACGUGCCAUGCUCACGGGUAGGUCACGUGGCGCGGACCCAGCCGUACUCCUUCGGGGCUAAGGGCCGCCACAUGACCACCAUGUUCAACUACAAGCGCGCUGCCGAGGUCUGGAUGGGUCCCUACAGGAAAUUUGUGUACGAAAACUUUCCAGAAAUGGAAGCUCUGGACGUGGGCGACCUGACUGAGAGGAAGGCAGUGAAGAGCAGACUUCACUGCCACAACUUCACCUGGUAUCUGGACAACAUUUGGCCCGAGCUAACGGUAUACGACCGUGACGUCAUUGCCUGGGGCUCUCUCUACAACAAUGGCACGGGUCACUGUUUGGACAAUCAUGCUUUCAUGGACGAUGCGCCAAGAAUACAUUCAGAAGUUUGCCACUACCAUCUAAACACGCAGGGUUUCUCCCUGACAGUCGGAGGGCAUCUGCGAACAACAGUACAAUGUGUCAUGUUGAGGGGCACGUGGCCUGGCAGUCGCCCUUUGCUGGAGUACUGCGAGUCACCCGACAUUUGGAAGCACACCAAGGAUGGCGCCAUCAUCCACGUGCAGUCACAGCUGUGUUUGGACGAAGAUGCCAGCGGUCCUAUCACCAGUUACUGCCGUCCUGAUGUCACGUCACAAAAAUGGGUUUUCACCAACUACGUCAAGGUUUAAUGACGUCAGACCAGUGACGUGCACGGCUGGGAGCUCACGUGACAUGUUGACGCCAACUAGCUCUUGUCUCUUGAUUCCGCUCUCAGCACGAGUGUUGUUUACAACAGCUUGCACCUGACAAUAAAUACAUCUCGCUCACGUAUCACGUGACAUUUCUCGUCAGCUGACAAAUGAUGUGACGAACACACAGUCUGCUGCUGAUACAAGAAUACCUCACACACUUGAAUACACACAAUAUCUUAUGGGAAAAUGCCUUUAUUGUUUAAUAAAUAGUAUUUCUAUAGCGCUCUCUGUUAUAUCCAUCCUCCGUGUAUCUAAAAUGCAUCUGCCAACGACGUUCUAUGUAACUUUGCUUACAUGCUUCACGUUUUGUCAGCGGUACAAACGCAAACAUUGUCAGAAAACAAAUGACGGACAUCAGUAAGUGGACAGCUAUCCACCACCUCGCUCGCAAAGUCACAAAAGGAUGCGCGGUGGAAUGCGCGCCCGUUUGUGGUGUGUGCACAUGCAAAGGUGAAGCCUCACAUGCUUGCUACAACGCAGCAAGUUUUAUUCCCAGACGGCAUUUCAGUCGCUGCUUCUUGGCCGACAUAUUUAUGCAUUACUUAAAGUGACUUUGUCAAGCAUCCAACAACAACGCUUAAUUCUUAAUGGGACGGCUUGGCUUACAUAUAUAUAUAUUAAAAAUAGGCAAGACCAGACUGCACUGGCUUUUACUGUAAAUUUAUCAUCUCCACACACACAUCCUCAUCUCGUUCAUCCUUUAAAGUUCAAAGCACACUAAUAUAUAUAUAAGAAAAAGUGAUUAAGUCGCUCGAGCAAUGUAGACAAUGUCACUGCUAAAGUUCAGUAAUCUCUACAGCUAUAGGAAAAUCCAGUUUUACAAUUAGCCUUGGAUGCGAGAGAUCUAUCUACUCUCCUUGUCUUCACUGCCCAAAAAAAAAA